AUGAACUCCGUUGAUGACCUCACUUGUAAAUUAGACUCUGUGGGUUCCUUUUAAUAAACUAAUGACACAUUAAGUCCUAUUCAAUUAAGAACAAGUGAUAUAUUGUGUGAUUUAAAAAAAUCUAUUGAUAAAUAUAAUAAACCUCUUUUCACAUUAAAAGAUUAAGUUUAUUAUUUGUAUCAAAUAAUGAGAAAUUUGACAAUCAAAGAGAAUUAUAGUUAUUAAAUAGCAUCAAUUAUAUUUUUGAGUGAAUAUCAAGAUAACUCUUCUCAAAAAGUAGAGAAUGUUAAAUAAAUACUCUAAUAAUGCACAAAUUUAAAUCUAAAAACCUAUUUUGUAAUCUUAAAUAAUAAUAAUCGUAAACCAAUUAACAAAGAACUUAGAUAAUUGGUUGAUUAAUUUCCAUGUAGUUUAAGCAUUGUAGAUACUAACCUUCAUGAUUUAGAUUCUGAAUUAGAAAAGAUAAACAAAGAAUUAAGAAUAGGAUCUUUUGAUACAAGAUUGUUUCUUCAUAUUUCUACAAAUAAAUCUAUGAAAAUCUUUCUCGAAAGUUUAGUAACUUCUUUAUAUAAAUUUGAGAAGGGACUGACUUAAAAUGAUAAAAUUUAUUGGUCUUCAUGUAAGACAAAUUAAUUAUUUACUGCAGUAGAAAUUUAAGCAGAUUAGGAAGAAGAAAAGAAAGUAGGAAAAAAAAAUAAAAGAAAAAAUGUGAUUUAUGGCUUCGCUAUAAUAGUAGUUCUAACAAUAGUUUGCUAUCUAUUAUAUGUGAUAGUCAUAACAUUUAUUUAAUGA